GCAGGAAAAGGGAUUCUGCGGACUGUCAUUGCCAACAACGAAGCAGUGGCAGAUAUGAUUCCAGUAGACGUCGCCAUCAACCUCACCCUUGCAGCCGGGUGGUACACUGCUGUGCACAGACCAAAAACCAUGUUGGUGUACAACUGCACAACAGGUGGAAUCAACCCUUUCUUCUGGGGAGAAAUGGAGCAGUAUGUUAUGUCCACAUUCAAAAGGAACCCACUGGAGCAGGCCUUCCGAACACCCAAUGCUCACUUGACAUCCAACUACUUGAUAAACCAGUACUGGAUAACCGUCAGUCACAAGGCUCCAGCCAUACUCUAUGACCUGUACAUGAGGCUCACGGGGAGAAAGCCCAGAAUGAUGAAGAUUAUUAAUCGACUGCAUAAGUCUAUGACACUCCUGCAGUAUUUCUCCACCCAGUCCUGGGAUUGGUCUUCAGAGAAUAUGAAUAUGUUAAUGAGUCACCUUAACACAGAGGACAAAAAGUUAUACAACUUUGAUGUUCGUCAGCUGCACUGGUCAGAAUACAUUGAAAGCUACUGCCUAGGCGCUAAGAAGUACUUGCUAAAUGAGGACAUGGCUGGCAUUCCAGCAGCAAAGCAGCACUUACGAAAGCUGAGGAACAUCCGAUACGCAUUCAACACCACACUUCUUGUGAUCAUCUGGCGCAUUUUCAUUGCAAGGUCACAGAUGGCUCGAAACAUCUGGUACUUCGUGGUGAGCCUCUGCUACAAGUUCCUUUCCUACUUCAGGGCAUCCAGCACCCUCAGGCACUGAAGCCAUCCAUCAGCAACCAGCCUCUUUCAGAAGGAUCCUCCAUCUCCUCUAAUCAGCAACUAUAGGCAUCGGGGUCUGAAAGUAGCAGAAAAAUCCACUCCCUCCAA